AUGGUGGAGAUGGUGGUGGUGGAGGUGGAGGUCGUGGUGAUAGAGGUGGUGGAAGUGCUGGAAGUGAUGGAGAUGGUGGAGGUGGUAGAGAUGGUGGAGGUCGUGGAGAUGGUGGAGAUGGUGGAGAUGGUGGAGGUGGUGGAAGUGGCGGAAGUGAUGGAGAGGGUAGAGGUGGUGGAGAUGGUGGAGGUGGUGGAGGUGGUGGUGGAGAUGGUGGAGGUAGAAUUAGAGGUGAAGGUGGUGGAUGAGGAGAUGGUGGAGAUGGUGGAGAUGGUGGAGAUGGUGGAGGUGGUGGAGGAAAGAACCUCAGCCCGGGCGUCCAAUGAGAAGCGCCUCCACCCCAAAGGUCCCGCCUCUUUCGGCGCCGACCCCGCCCCGAGGGCCGGAAGGAUGCCCGCCCCUCUGCGUGGCACGGCCCAAUCGGAGGGCCCGUUCGUCCGGAUGGACGGCAGCCGGCCCAAUCGCCGGGCCUCGGGUGGCGCCGCCCCGCCCCUCCGCCGGGGCCGAGCGGCUGGCGAGAGCGGGCCUCGGGGCGGCGGCGGCGGCGGCGGACGCGGCCUGAGGGAGCGGCCGGGUUCAAGAGUUCUUGUGGAUGCGCGAGACAAGCUUGGCAUUCCUUGGCAGCACUCGGAAAACGAAAAGCAUGGGAUGUUCCUCAUGGCCUUCGAGAACCGAGCGGGGCUGCCCGUGGAGCCCGCCACCUUCCAGCUGUACGUGCCCGCUCUGAGCGCGCUCUGGAGGGACUCUGGCAUCAGGGAGGCCUUCAGCCGGAGGAGCGAGUUCCAGCUGGGUGAAUCGGUGAAGUACUUCCUGGAUAACCUGGACCGGAUCGGCCAGCUGAAUUACUUUCCCAGUAAGCAAGACAUCCUACUGGCAAGGAAAGCCACCAAGGGCAUUGUGGAACAUGACUUCGUUAUUAAAAAAAUCCCUUUUAAAAUGGUGGAUGUGGGAGGCCAGCGGUCCCAGCGCCAGAAGUGGUUCCAGUGCUUUGACGGGAUCACGUCGAUCCUGUUCAUGGUGUCUUCCAGUGAGUACGACCAGGUCCUCAUGGAGGACAGGCGCACCAACCGGCUGGUGGAGUCGAUGAACAUCUUUGAGACGAUAGUCAACAACAAGCUCUUCUUCAACGUCUCCAUAAUCCUGUUCCUCAACAAGAUGGACCUCCUGGUGGAGAAGGUGAAGACUGUCAGCAUCAAGAAGCACUUCCCGGAUUUCAAGGGCGACCCCCACAGGCUGGAGGACGUUCAGCGCUACCUGGUCCAGUGCUUCGACCGGAAGAGACGGAACCGCAGUAAGCCGCUCUUCCACCACUUCACCACCGCCAUAGACACUGAGAACAUCCGCUUCGUGUUUCACGCUGUGAAGGACACCAUCCUGCAGGAGAAUCUGAAAGAUAUCAUGUUGCAGUGAAAGAGGAAGCCCCUCACUGCCGUCGUCCUUAAACAGCCUCUGUAGCCACUGGUCGGAUCCCCCUGGUGUGUAUCAUCCAUCUGGUCUUGGAGUGGGUUUCUCGGAUCCUCGCCAUCCAACACCUGGCUCAGGAAUGCUGUAAAGCCAGCCACGCCAACGUGCUCUGGCCCGGAGGCCGUGGAAACGAUGUUAGCUACUGAAUCCUGGGGACUAGCGAAACUACUGAGAAGCCAAGUGAUCACUUUGGUAUGAAUUUGUGAUACCUAAUGACACAGCUUUCUUUCUUUUUACAGAAAUUCUCUUUCUUUUCUGACACAGUUUAAUCGAGCAUCCUGUGUGUGUGCACGCACACGCUCUAUUGUUAAUGACAGAAACACACAAACCAGCUGCCUUGCAGAUGGCUUUUCUCUCUAACUUGCAAGUCUGUGGCGAGAUGAACUAACCCGAAAGCUUUUGCCUAACAGUAGUUUUUAGGAGAUCAGAUGCGUGCUGAUGCUGCUAAACUCAGAGUCCCCACAUCGGGCCCCCGAGCCCCCAUCUGUGGGGUCUCAGUGCCACCUCCCAAAGCGAGUUGCCUUUUAAAACUCUCGUGCCAAUUUCCUGAGACCCGGUCCAGGCAUAUUAGGUUAAGCCGAGGGGCCCCAGCUAUAGAGGCUGGGAGUGAGAGCUCCGCAGGUGUGGACUUGCCUUAAUGCCCCACCACGUGCGCGGUUCUUCCUGCCUUGUCAGAUUGCCCAGCAACACAGCACGGGGUGGAGCUGCGCAGAAGCAGCGUGCUGACAGCGAAUGUCUGCCCCUGCACACAGAGGUGCUUAUUGCUCCGUGCCCACCCACUGGCAAAGACGUAGAAACCAAGUGGCCUUGCCGAUGACCGCUCCAUCUUCCCAGUCAUCUGAUACUUGCACGUGCCUGCAUUUCACGUUUCCUUCUUUUGGAAGCAGUGGAGAGCUUCCUACUCCUCACAGGGCCUUGGAAGCUGGCAAGUUACUAGCAAAGCCUUUGUUAAUGCCACAGCUGCUUGGCGAGCUCCUAACACCUGACCUUUCAGGAAGCCCACAGGCUCCAGAGAAAUCUGAGUUUGUCCAGACUGCCUUUGGACAGCCGGUCCCCGUUCUCAGCUCCCCUCUAAACCUUGAUCCUUAUCAAGGUCUCCUGCUUCUGUUCGUGUACACAAGCAUAACAAGUAAACACUACCAGACAGAGCUCUCAUCAGGGGAAGCUGCAGAAGGCUGCGACGUUGACACGAGCUGGUAAACCUGACACUCGGUUACCUUGUUCAGUUACCUUUGUCCAGGGUCUUUCACUGUGUUUAAAAAUACACUGCAUUCCAGCCUGGUCCCCUCUGUGUAUUACUCUACUAAAAAAGUCUGUCUAUUGUGUUUAGGACUUUUCCUAGCAUUUAAAAGAAAAAAAAAAAUCUUCCUCUGUAACUGGCACCACAAUGUUACUGCGUUUAAAAACACAUCCCAGGGCCCUUGUCCUGAGGCCACACUGUUCCCAAUCCUUGUGUCCCUUUGGCAUCUCACUCUUGGCUCAUUUCCAGCAAGCCAGAUAAACAUUACGCUUGUGGCAGAUGCUGACCCAGAAGAAAAGGGAGGGGAAAACCUGCUCCUGAGUCAUCCCCGUUAUCACUGUGUUUUUAAUGAGGAGACAUGAAACUCUCUUUCCGUUUUGGUGCUCAAGGCUCGGUGUCGACAUUUGCUGGGGUUUUGGCUCUUUUUUUUGGCUGGAAAAAAAGUUUUGCUGUUUGCGUGCUGCUUCCUGUGGCUCUCCGUAAACUGAAAGGACGUGACCCAGGAUCAGUGCCGAUGACCAGGCUUAAAGGAAAGGAGAGCCCUCUCGAAGGCUCCGUCAGGGCCGUGGAAGAUCGCGUUUGCAUUUUGUGGCGGUGAGGUGCAGCCCGUGCCCGGGGGCGGGUGCUCCUCGCCCACUCAGUGUUCUGGGUCUUACAGGUCCGUUAGGGAUGCAGAGCUCUUCCUCGCCAGCUUGGAAGUAUCCUUCUGCUUCUGGUGGCGGCCGCUGCCGUCCUGACUGGAGGUGUUUGAACUGCCUUCCUGAUGAGUUGAGGUCAGCCCUGUCCAUGAGUGCUCUUUCCUUUAAACACUCGGAUAAUUUGCUGGUUCGCUUGCAGAACCGGAAGCAUGUAAUCAAGAGAGCUUGUGACUGUGUUGAACUGACUGCAAGGCAGGGUGGGAUGGCCGGAAGGCCCGGGUCCUUGGCCAGCUCAGCCCCUGACCCCACUUAGCUCGGCUGGGACUAGGCUGCCUCCUCUUCUGAUGAGCGGGCAAAGGAGAGUCUGUACAGGCGCCCGGCUGUGACCCCGUGACUCGUCGGCCUCGGAGAAGAUCACUGUCUGCAAGGCUAAAUAAAACCAGUUACACCUUUUCUACACAUAGAUUGUAGCCAUUUUUGUCUCCGAAACCUUAGGCUUUUGUAUUUUUUUAUUUUAAUUUCACUGUUAUCCUUGAUUAUUGUCUUUUUUAUGGAGAUGUUGGAGAAGCAGGAGAUAGGUGUGCCUCAUCUAUUAUUGCAAAAAUAUAACAAUAAACUUCCUCAAAAUAA